AUGUCAUCGACAGUGGCCGAAAAGACAUUCGUGGCUAAAGGAAACGAAUGCACCACCGCCAAGGCACCUGCGAGGCUGGAUCCAAGUGUGCCGAAGAAAAUUAUCAGCGCUAUACCGAAGGAAAGACAACAAUUGCUGAAAUGGAACGGUUGGGGCUACAAAGACUCGCGCUUCCUCUACCAGGAUGGAACGAUCGUUUUCACUGGCGAUAGGUAUCCGAUCGGAGGGAAAGUUUCACUGCCACACUUCCGUGACUAUGUGAUCGAUCACUUUAAGGUUGAUCUUUCCGAUCGUCGGGAAGGUGUUCCAGUACCGAACGAAUUUCCCGCCCCGGUGCCUUGCCCGGAAUUCCUGCAACAGGUACGGCAGCGCGGUAUCGAUUGUACGCAGAACGGGGAAGAUCGUUUGGUCCGGUGUCAUGGGCAAACGUUGCACGACGUACACAUGAUGCGGACGGGCACGUUCAAGCGUAUCCCGGACGUGGUGCUGUUUCCAACGUCGCACGAGCAGGUAGAGCAGAUUGUUCACACCGCCAACCGGUACGGCGUGGUGCUUAUACCGUACGGUGGUGGUACUUCCGUCUCCGGUUCGGUAACCUGCCCGGAAGACGAAACACGCCCCAUUGCAGCGCUCGAUACAUCCCAGAUGAAUCGGAUGUUGUGGAUCGAUCGGCAGAAUCUGGUGGCGUGCUUCGAGGCGGGAAUCGUUGGACAGGACCUCGAGCGGGAAUUGCGUCAGCUCGGUUUCACCGUCGGCCACGAACCGGACAGUUACGAGUUUUCCACGCUCGGCGGGUGGGUGGCGACACGGGCCUCCGGCAUGAAGAAGAACGUGUACGGCAACAUCGAGGAUCUGUUGGUGCGUGUAAAAAUGGUAACCAGCAAGGGUGUGCUGGAACGAAGCCUAGCAGUACCGCGUGUAUCCUGCGGGCCUGACUUCAACCAUCUCGUGCUCGGUUCCGAAGGUACGUUGGGCGUGAUCACGGAGGUGGUCAUAAAGAUACGGCCCCUGCCACAGGUGAAGCGGUACGGUUCGCUCGUCUUUCCCGACUUCGGUUCCGGUGUGCGGUGUUUGCGUGAGGUUGCCCGGGAACGACUACAGCCGGCAAGCAUACGACUGAUCGAUAACGAGCAGUUUGUGUUCGGCCAGGCGCUCAAAAUCCCCGGCGGACCGCUGGCGACGGCCGCCGAAAAGUUGAAGAAGGUGUACCUAACGCGCGUGAAACGGUUGCAGCUCGAUCGUAUCGCAAUCGCGACCCUACUGUUCGAGGGCGUCGAUGACCAGGUGAAGCAAAAUGAGGCGAAGAUUUUCGCUAUCGCCAAGCGUCACGGCGGCUUCUCAGCCGGCAGCAGCAACGGCGAAAAGGGUUACAUUCUCACCUUCGUCAUCGCGUACAUCAGGGACCUGGCCUUGGACUACAGUAUCGUGGCCGAAUCAUUUGAAACGUCCGUAUCAUGGGACCGCUGCGAAGCGCUCUGUACCAACGUCAAAAGCUGCGUCCGAAAGGAAUGUGCCAAACACAACAUUCAACACUACCUCAUCUCAUGCCGGGUGACACAAACGUACGACGCCGGUGCAUGUGUAUACUUUUACUUCGGCUUUAACCAUGCCGGCUUCACAAACCCGGUUACCAUCUACGAGGAAAUCGAGAACAAGGCUCGGGAUGAAAUUCUUGCAUCUGGCGGUUCCAUCUCGCACCAUCACGGCGUCGGGAAGAUUCGAUCCCGCUGGUACCCACAGAGCGUGUCGGAUGUGGGCGUACAGCUCUACAAAGCCACCAAGCGGGAGCUGGAUCCAAACAACAUCUUUGCCGCCGGAAAUCUCAUCCCGGCCGAACUGCGCGAUGAUCCCAAACCCACCAGCCUGAAGGCGAAACUGUAA